UCUGCAACAAUAUAAUUUAUCGCCAACAAAAUAUUGUAUCGAUUGUUUGCAAGACACGAAAUAAGAUAAAAGUACUGAAUAUUAUUUGAGGUUUAGUAAAAUGUGUACAUAUUUAUUUACUUGUUUUAAAUCUAAAGGAAACAAUGUACUUCUCUAAACUCAAAAAAUCUUCAAACAGAAAUAGGAAGAAACCUUCAGUAAAAAAAACUGAAAAAAUUGAACGCUCUUUAACCAUUCCUGAAAAUAAUGAUGAAAUUUGGACGAGUAAAAUCGUAAAUAAGCCACAUUUUGAGGAAGAAUCCGUGCACGAAUUCUCGGGAUUGAAAAGAAUCCAAAAACUCAUUAACAUUCAGAAAUUACUUGGUCCUUCUCUACCUGGCACAUCAAUAGUUCCAAUUCAUCGUCCAAGUAUAUCAAUUAUGUUACAGGCAAAGAGAGAAUCGGCGUUUUCAUCAUCUGAAGUUUCGUUAUUUUCAGAUCAAAUUCCGAUAAUAGAAGCUCUUGAAAACGUUCAGUUAGUGCUUUUAAAUCAAUAUCCGGGUGUAUCGACUUUUUUCUAUUUUAGAAAUCAUAAAAGUAAAAAUCAGUUUUUGACAGAAGUGGGUAUUGUAUUAACAAAGCCUUUCAGUACAGAAAAAAUAGAGGAAAUGAGAGUUAAAUUUAAUUUUGGUGAAGUUGAAAUCAUUCCGGUACAUUGUGGACUGUGUGACGUAGUAUUCUCUGAAGCGGAUAUUCAGCUAGUUGAUUUACUAAGACACGAAUGUGUCAUAGAAAAAAAUAAGCUCUCAGCAACGAUAUUAUAUAAAUGUGCUCUUUGCAAUAAGCAAGACGAGAAGAAGGAUACCAUUAGAAAGCAUAUAUUCAGCCAUAUCUUGAGUAAUGAUCUGUUUUGUUUGUCUUGUUGUAAGAAGAAAUAUCAAUAUCAAUCUGACAUCAGUAAGAAAGUUCUUUCGCAAGUAAUGUCUGUAUUAGAUCACCAGCCAUAUAGCCCAAUUUCGUGCAAGUUCCCGUCAUUUUUAUAUUGUCAACAUUGCAAUAUCACCUUGUGUAACUGGAAAACAUUUUUUAAGAAUAUUAAAAAUUAAAUCGCACAUAAGCUAAACUA